AUGGUUCGCGCCUUCGCCGCAAUCGCCGUCGCGACGGCGUUCCACCUCCUCGCGGUGCUCCACGGCACCUCCGCCGCGCGGCCGAUGGGACGGCAGGCCGCGGCGUCGUCCGGGACGGCGACGUCGUCGCCGUUGGCUCUGGCGCCGGCUGGGCAUCAAAAUCAUCAACGGCACGCGGUGGCGGCGGCGACGGCCGCCAGAGCCGGGAAGUGGCUGCCAUUCGCGGGCGUGCACCACCACCUGCCUGCGGCGGCCGCCAGGGCCGGGAAGUGGCUGCCGUUCGCGGGCGUGCACCACAACCUGCCGGGGGCGGCGGCGGCGUACUGGGCGCACAGACCGGUGCCGUGGGUCGGGGCCGGCGGCGAUCUGGCGGGCGGCGCAGCAGGCGCCGUGGAGGGCGGCGAGGGGGAGGAGGUCGUGCGGGAGCAGCCGGACCGGGAACGGCGCCAGCAGCGGCCGUCGUACGAGGGCGACGGGACGACCACCACCACCAGGCAGGAGCAGCUCGCAAUGUGGGCGUCGCUGCUCAACCCCAAGAGGAAAGGGAGAGCGGCGGGCACGGGCUGGAUUCCGGCGCCGGGAGCUGGUGGCGUGGUGGCCGACGACGAGCCGGCCAAGGCCGCGGACGCGGUUGAAGGGGCGGAGGCGGAUGACACGGGAGCCGACGGCGGCGCGCGGCUCGGACAGACCUAUUGGGGAAACAAUGGCAACUGAUGUAGCAGUAGAAGAGGACACUCUGGGUGGGCGAUGCAGAAUUAAACAGAUUUUCAGUUAUAUAAGAAAACAAAAAAAAAUGUAUACAGUAUA